GCCUGACUGCUUUGAUAUCCAGAGCCUUGCCUAAAACCCUGCUCCUGUCUCUUAAAACCUUGGUUCUCAAGUAUGGAGGUUGACGCCAUUGGAGACCAUGUUGAGAAGCUCAAGUCCCUUCGAAUUGACGAAUACGAAGAUGACGACGACGAUGACGAACAAGAAGAAGAAGCUGUCACGCUUGGUUUCGUUGAGAAGCCCAAAAAUGAAUGGUCUCUCGAGCGCCAAUUUUUUCCCAGCAAAGCUGGCGGAGUACCGGCUUGGCUUGAUCCUGUGGAUAUACCAUCAGGGAGGUCAUCGAUUUGUGACAUUUGUGGCGAACCUUUACAAUUCCUGCUUCAGGUUUAUGCACCUACUAAGAAGGAAAGUGCAUUUCAUCGGAUGCUGUUUGUUUUCAUGUGCCGUUCCAUGAAAUGUCUUCUCAGGGAUCAGCAUGAGCAGUGGAAACGCCACCCGGAGAAGCCAUCUAGAAGUGUGAAGGUUUUCCGUUGUCAGUUACCUCGCUUUAAUCCUUUUUACUCAAGUGAACCGCCUAAGUAUGAUGGGAAUUACAAACCUUCUGGCAUUGGAGCUACUCUUUGCAAUUGGUGUGGGACAUGGAAAGGAGAUAAACUCUGCAGUAGUUGCAGACAAGUGCGGUAUUGUUCUGAGAAACACCAGGUAAUGAGUUGGCGCUCAGGUCAUAAAAUUGUUUGCCAGCAGAUGAAAGUUUCUUCACCUAUUGGCGAAUCCAAUAAAAGUGUAGCCACUUCAUUGGAGUCUCAUAAAGUUGGAAGCAAGAAUGUGUGGCCUGAAUUUGAAAUCAUCAUUGAACACGAAAGUGAAUAUAACACAGACAUUCCUGAGGAUAAUGCUUUAUCUAAUUCCUUGAUCUCGAAGAACAAGAUUGAUGACACAAUGAAUUCACUUAUGGAUAGUUUUCAGGGUGAUGAUGACAAAAAGAGUUGGGUUUACUUCCAAGAACGCAUUGCCAAGGCCCCCGAACAAGUGUUGAGGUACUAUAAGGAUACAAAUGCGAAGCCAAUAUGGCCUGUUUCGUGUGGUCGGCCAUCCAAUGCUGAUAUCCCUAAAUGCAGUUAUUGUGGUGGACCAAGAUGUCAUGAAUUUCAGAUUUUACCACAGCUGCUAUAUUACUUUGGAGUAGACAAUGAAGCGGACUCUUUGGAUUGGGCUUCAAUUGUGGUGUAUGCAUGUGAAGCUUCUUGCGAAGCAGGUUUGCCUUACAAAGACGAGUAUGCUUUUGUUCAACUUCUUUCACCUUCCCAUGAUACAAUCCACUGAAAUUUUGACCUUGCCCUUGUAUUAAAAAAAUUUAAGAUAUUUUUGUUUAGAGUUUUUGGAUGUGGGGAUAGGAAUAUAUGUAUUUACCUUUGUCCUCAACUUUGAGGAUCAUGACUGUUUAUUGUGUAAUUUAUAGGUUUUUGUUGAAAA